CUCACGCUCUUCAAUUUUCCACACAUUUACGCACACUGAUUUCACAGGCACCACUAACUACUUCAACAGCUCUCUCAAGUUAAUUCCAUUAAAUAUAUAAAGUCGUUUUUGUAUGCCCGCGUUUGCAGCAACACGCAUAAAUCCGUCCUCGCAAUUCGCGUUUAAAAUUCGCCUCGUUGCUGGAUUCUCCAAUUUCAGAAUAUAGAAAAACUCUCGCAAUCCACAGUCUAGAAAUGGUGAAUUUGCGCGCGAUUUUGAAGCAUCCAGAGGAUCUGUAUCCGUUGGUGAAACUGAAGAUGGCGGCACGGCAGGCUGAGAAGCAGAUCCCGGCGGAGCCGCACUGGGCAUUUUGCUAUUCCAUGCUUCAUAAAGUAUCUAGAAGUUUCGCUCUCGUUAUUCAGCAGCUCGAUACUGAUCUUCGUGAUGCUGUAUGUAUUUUCUAUUUGGUUCUUCGAGCGCUUGACACAGUUGAGGAUGAUACAAGCAUAGCAUCAGAAGUUAAAGUACCUAUUUUGAAGGCAUUUCAUUCUCACAUAUACAACUCAGAAUGGCAUUUCUCAUGUGGUACAAAGGAUUACAAAGUUCUCAUGGAUGAGUUUCACCAUGUUUCUGUUGCUUUUUUGGAGCUUGGAAAAGGUUAUCAAGAGGCAAUUGAGAAUAUUACCAUGAGAAUGGGUGAAGGAAUGGCAAAAUUUAUAUGCAAGGAGGUAGAAACAGUUGAUGAUUAUGAUGAAUAUUGUCACUAUGUGGCUGGACUUGUUGGACUAGGGUUGUCAAAGCUAUUUCAUGCAUCAGGAAAAGAAGAUCUGCAAUCUGAUUCUAUCUCCAACUCCAUGGGUUUAUUUCUUCAGAAAACUAAUAUAAUUAGAGAUUACUUGGAGGAUAUUAAUGAAAUACCAAAGUCGCGAAUGUUUUGGCCUCGUGAAAUUUGGAGUAAAUAUGCAAACAAACUCGAGGACUUGAAAUAUGAGGAAAACUCAGUCAAGUCAGUGCAGUGUCUGAACGACAUGGUUACAAAUGCCUUAACACACGUUGAAGAUUGCCUGAAGUACAUGGUUGCUUUACGAGAUCCAGCUAUCUUUCGCUUUUGUGCAAUUCCACAGAUCAUGGCAAUUGGGACAUUAGCUUUGUGCUACAACAACGUUCAAGUCUUCAGAGGUGUUGUGAAAAUGAGGCGUGGUCUAACUGCAAAAGUCAUUGACCGAACUAAAUCUAUGUCCGAUGUUUAUGGGGCUUUUUAUGACUUCUCUCUUAUGCUGAAAUCAAAGGUUGAGGAUGUCGACCCUAAUGCCAGAAAGGCGAAAGACAACUUGGAGAAAAUCUUGAAACUUUGCAGGGAAUCUGGAGCUCUAGGCCAAAGGAAUUCUUACAUUAUCCAAAGCAAGCCACAAUACAACGCGACCAUGAUCGCUGCCAUCUUCAUCAUAAUCGCUAUUCUUCUAGCUUACCUAUCAACAACUCGGCCAACCUACAUGUGAUUGGUUUCUUGGGACAUUGUUAAUCACAAUAGAUCUGCUGCGAUACAAGUGUAUUCCACCUAUAUUUUACAGUUAUGUCAAAGUGAAGUCGGUUUCCGUUAUACGCAUAAAAGCCAGGAAGAACUUCAGCCAAAUCUGGAGGCACAAAAUGUGCCAUAUAGUUUGUCGCUGUCUGUCUAAUGUUUGCACACCUUUAUGGGAUCUCAGUGAUGUAGACUUAUGUAUUUGUUUGAAGCGAAUAAUGUGCCGCUCUGUAUUGAAACUCACUUCUUGUUCAAACACAACGAUUUCUCCAAAUGUAUACCAUAAUUUCCCCAA